UUGAAGACAAUGACAAGAGGCGCUAGGCCAAGUUGCGGGCCAAUAUCGGCUAAACAGGAAAGUCGAGCAGAGAGAAUCCCGUUCACCACCUCAAGCUUCCCGCAAGCCAGCAAUUGCAUCCCCACCACACCUCUAUCCAUCAUGAGCUCCCUCCGUGUCGCCCGGGCUGCCCUCCGCGUCAGGCCUACCGCCUUUACCCGCCCCCUCCAGCGCCGAGGAUACGCUGAUGUCGCCCCGGACAAGAUCAAGCUGUCCCUAGCUCUGCCGCAUCAGUCUGUCUACAAGUCGCAAGAUGUUGUCCAAGUGAACCUCCCCGCGGAAACCGGCGAGAUGGGUGUUUUGGCCAACCACGUUCCUUCCAUCGAGCAAUUGAAGCCCGGACUUGUCGAGAUCAUUGAGGAGAGCGGUGGCAGCAAGCAGUUCUUCCUGUCUGGCGGAUUCGCUGUUGUACAGCCCGGUUCCCAGCUCAGCAUCAACGCCGUGGAGUCAUACCCAUUGGAAGAUUUCAGCGCAGAGGCUGUCAAGAACCAAAUCGCAGAGGCCCAGAAGAUUGCCAGCGGAAACGGCAGUGAGCAAGAUGUUGCCGAGGCCAAGAUUGAGCUCGAGGUCCUCGAGAGCCUGCAGGCGGCCCUCAAGUAAUUGUG